AUGUCAUUAUUUUCCUCACAUUUUAAAGUUAUAUCUAAUGAUUUGUUUCAUGUUUUUACAACUUCGCCAACUUUUAAAUCUUGCUUAUCCUUUCUUGGCAAAUCUUCUAUAAUUAAAAAGAAAAUAUCUAUACACAAUAAUAAUGGAUAUGUUAGUUCUGCUGUAUACUAUAAAGAAUUUAAAUAUAAAGGCCUGGAUGAAAACUUCUCAAAUGGUAGGAGACGAAAAUUUGAAAUAAAUAAAAAUAGCUCAGAAAAUGAUACAAACAACUAUCAGCAACAAGUAAAAUCACUAAGUUCUAUUAUGAAGUGUAAUGAAACCACAGCAUAUGGCUUAUUAUUAAAAUUUCCAUUCUUGGAAAAGGCAAACAUGGAGAUUGUUAACUCAAAAGUAACUAAAUUAAUUGAAGCUGGAAUAGAUAAGGAAGAACUAAUGAAUGAUAUGUGGAUACUUGCAUAUUCCUUGGCGAAAUUGGAAGAACAGAUUCUACUUGUUCAGAAUAUGAACUGUUAUCCAAUAAAACCAUGGCACCUUCGCUGUAGUGAAGUAGUAUUCCAUAGGCUCUCCCAAAAUAAAGAAAAUAAUAGAUUAGCCUUGAGCCCUUACCAAAGUGUUACGGAUUAUAUUUGUAAAAGGCUUGGUUUGACUGAAACUGAAGUUCAUGUGUUUGCUCGUAAGCACCCUCCUGUAAUGAGAGUGAAGGUAGCAAAACUAAAAGAAGUUAUUGAUUUCCUUUUUUCUGAAGGAUUUACUUCUCGACAGAUUUUCAAUACUCCGCGAAUCCUUUGCCAUAGUUUAAAAACAAUUCAGGCACGACUUGCUCAAUUGAAAGCUAAUAAUUAUAAACCUUACUCAUUACUUGUUCUUUGCAAGAGCAAGAUUAAAUUUGAUGAUUUUUUAAGAAAUCUCAGGCCACCUCCAGAGAACUGA